CCCAGGCAAGCGGCCAAGGGUUCAUUUUCCAUCUAAUUGGCCUGAGUUCAGGUGAUUGGAAUUAUGGGGUGAUUUCUAUCUCUACAAGCUGACAGAAACAUGGAUUUGAACUUCUCCACGGUCCGCGAUAGUGAUAAUUUGCUGGAGAGAGACUCAUCCAAGCGCGUUCUGACAGGCUGCUUUCUCUUUGCGCUCAUCCUGACCACACUGCUGGGGAACACACUGGUAUGUGUUGCAGUCACCAAGUUCCGCCACCUGCGCUCAAAGGUCACCAACUUCUUUGUGAUCUCUUUGGCCAUUUCAGAUCUGCUGGUGGCCAUCUUGGUGAUGCCAUGGAAGGCAGCAACGGAGAUCGUGGGCUUCUGGCCGUUCGGUGCCUUCUGUAAUGUCUGGGUGGCGUUCGACAUCAUGUGCUCAACAGCAUCCAUUUUGAACUUAUGUGUCAUCAGCGUGGACAGAUACUGGGCGAUCUCAAGCCCAUUCCGCUACGAGAGGAAGAUGACACCCAAGGUGGCGUUUAUUAUGAUCAGUGUGGCAUGGACGCUGUCUGUGCUCAUCUCUUUCAUCCCUGUGCAGUUGAACUGGCACAAGGCUGCGGCAUUGGAGCUCAACGGCACUUACGGUGAGCUGCCGCCGGACAACUGCGACUCCAGCCUUAACAGGACCUAUGCCAUCUCCUCCUCCCUCAUCAGCUUCUACAUCCCUGUGGCAAUCAUGAUCGUGACUUACACCCGGAUUUACAGAAUUGCCCAGAUACAAAUCAGGAGGAUCUCAGCCCUGGAGAGGGCUGCGGAGAGUGCCAAGAACCGCCACAGCAGUAUGGGGAACAACUCCAACAUGGAGACGGAGAGCUCCUUCAAGAUGUCUUUCAAAAGAGAAACCAAAGUCCUAAAGACCCUCUCUGUCAUAAUGGGGGUGUUUGUAUGCUGCUGGCUGCCCUUCUUCAUCCUCAACUGCAUGGUGCCCUUCUGUGAGCCCAACGGCCCCUCUGAUUUCCUCUGCAUCAGCCCCGGCACCUUCGACGUGUUCGUCUGGUUCGGCUGGGCCAACUCCUCACUCAACCCCAUCAUAUAUGCCUUCAACGCGGACUUCCGCAAAGCGUUCUCCAUCCUGCUGGGCUGCCACAGACUCUGCCCAGGCAGCAAUGCCAUAGAGAUAGUGAGCAUCAACAACAAUGGAUCCCAGCCUCCUGCGUCCCAGUAUCAGCCCAAAGGGCACAUUCCCAAGGAAAGCAACAAUGCCACCUAUGUGAUUCCCCACAGCAUCCUGUGUCAGGAUGAGGAGCUGCAGAAGAAGGAUGGGGUUGGGAUUAAGACCUUGGAGAAACUGUCCCCGUCCCUUUCUGGGAACUUGGGCAGCGAUGCCGAUGUGUCACUGGAAAAGAUUAAUCCUAUAACUCAGAACGGCCAACACAAAACUUUGACAUGUUGACGGGUGUAUGUAUUGGUAUACAAACAUGAGAAGGAACCCAGAGGGAGAGACUUGGCAGUAUGCCUAGCAGAAGUGUGGUAUAUACAAACUGAGCUUCACUGCGAACCUUAAAACUCAAAUCACUAUGGAAAUCUACAGAAUGUUUCAAAUGAAGGCACUUUAUCCUGGAUAACUAUCUGCAAAACACCUUCAGCAUUUAUUAUUAAAGUAUAGACAGAUUUGUUGAUAAAUGUUCCAUAACUUGAAUAAAGUAAAACGAAAUACACACGUGUAUACAUGUGUUGUAUUU